AUGUUUUAUAAAGAAUAUGGAAUUCAAUUAGACAAAUCCGAUGAUUUCGAAAGUUCAUAUUUUAAAGAUUUAGAUAUUCAUUCAGAAAAUACUAUUUACAGAGUAAUUAUGGAUAAUGACUUGGAAAGAUUAAUACUUUUCACAGAGAGAGAAGAUUUUGAUAAAAAUAAAUUAUUUGAUGGUGAUUUAUAUCCAUAUCAUUACUCUGGAAAUUCCUUACUUGAAUUAUGUUGUUAUCAUGCAGCAGUUGAUUGUUUCAAGUUAUUAAGAUCGAAAUUUAACUCAGAAAUAACCCAAAAAUAUCUCCAAUUUUCAUUUUUAGGCGGAAAUCCAGAGAUCAUGAGUGAAUGUUUGAAAUAUCAACAACCAGAUAAAUAUUGCAUAGAAUAUGCAAUCAUUUCACACAACAUUGAUUUUGUUACAUUCUUGAUGAAUGAAUACAAUAUUGAAAUCGAUUUAUGUCAAUGCGGAAGUUAUCAGAAUCUUGAAUCAUUUUUAGUAUAUUAUGAUCAAACAAAAGAUAUUAGCAACUGUUUUGUUUAUUCAGUAAUGUUUGGUAUUCCAGCCCUUUGUGAAUAUUUCCUUUCACAUGGUGCAAAUAUCAACGAAACAAAUCGAGAUAGAAAAACUGCUCUUCAUAUUGCCGCGGAUAACAAUAAAAUAAAAAUAGUAGAAUUUCUUCUUUUUCACGGUGCAAAUGUCAACGAAAAAGGUAAUUUUGGAGAAACAGCUCUUCAUAUUGCCAUUAAUAACAAUUAUAAAGAAAUAGCCGAACUUCUUGUUUUGCAUGGUGCAAAUGUCAAUGAAAAAGAUAAUAGGAAAAGAACAGCCCUUCAAAUUGCCGCUGAAAAAAAUAGAAAAGAAAUAGCUGAACUCCUUCUUUUACAUGGUGCAAAUGUCAAUGAAAAAGAUAUUAGGAAAAGUACAGCUCUUCAUUUUGCUGCAUAUAAAAAUUGUAUAGAAACUGCAGAACUUCUACUUACACAUGGCGCAGAUGUCAAUGAAAAAGAUGAUUACGGAAUUACUGCCCUUCAUAUUGCCACAAAUAACAAUAGUAUAGAAUUAGUUGAACUUCUUCUUUCACAUGGUGCAGAUAUCAAUAAAAGAGAUAAUAUGGGAAAAACAGCUCUUCAAAUUGCCACAGGUCAAAUUAAUCAAGAAUUAAUUAAACUCCUUCUUUUACAUGGUGCAAAUGUUAAUGAAAGAAGUCAAUACGGAACGACUCUUCAAAUUGCCACAGAUAAAAAUAAUAUAGAAUUAGUUAAACUCCUUCUUUCACAUGGUGCAAAUAUUAAUGAAAAAGACCAAUUCGGAACGAUGCUUCAUUUUGCAGCGGAAAAAAAUAGAAAAGAAAUCUUUGAACUUUUUCUUUCAUAUGGUGGAGAUAUCAAUGAAAAAGAUUGUCUUAGAGCAACAGUUCUUCAUUAUGCAGCACAAAGUAAUAGUAAAGAAAUAGCGGAACUUCUUUUGACACAUGGUGCAAAUGCCAAUGAAAAGGAUAUAUGGGGUAAAACCAUUCUUCAAUACGCAGCAGAUAAUUGUAGUAAAGAAACAGCAGAACUUCUUCUAUUAUAUGGUGCAAAUACAAAUGAAAAAGAUGAAGAUGGAAGAACAGCUCUUCAUUACGCAGCAGAAAAUAAUGGAAAAGAAACAGCUGAGCUUCUUCUUUCACAUGGUGCGAAUAUAAAUGAAAAAGAUGAAGAUGGAAGAACAGCUCUUCAUUACGCAGCAGAAAAUAAUGGAAAAGAAACAGCUGAGCUUCUUCUUUCACAUGGUGCGAAUAUAAAUGAAAAAGAUGAAGAUGGAAGAACAGCUCUUCAUUACGCAGCAGAAAAUAAUGGAAAAGAAACAGCUGAGCUUCUUCUUUCACAUGGUGCGAAUAUAAAUGAAAAAGAUGAAGAUGGAAGAACAGCUCUUCAUUACGCAGCAGAAAAUAAUGGAAAAGAAACAGCUGAGCUUCUUCUUUCAAAUGGUGCCGCUAUCAACGAAAAAGAUGAAAAACAAAAAACAGCUCUUCAUUUUGCCUCGAAGAAUAAUAGUAUAGAAACUGCAGAACUUCUUCUAUCACAUGGUGCAGAAAUCAACGAAAAAAUCAUCGAGGAGCAACUGCUCUUCAUUGUGCAGCAUAUAAAAAUAGUAAAGAUACAGCUCAAAUUCUUCUUGCACAUGGCGCAAAUGUCAACGCAAAAGCUGGUGACGGUAGAACAGCUCUUCAUAUUGCAGCAGAUAAUAAUAGUAUAG